AAACCGUCAGCGACCCCAAGGUCCGUCACGUCGGAUUCUUCGCUCCCCCGGCCCCGCCCGAGCGCUCUCAAUCGGGUCCACCCGACCCCACAUCCUCGUCCCCUCCGGUAUCCGACAUUUCUCCCCCCCCCCCUGCCUUGUCCCCCGUUAUGAUCCCGCCACCUCGCCAGCCAUCCACCGACCUUGUCCGCCACUACCCCCACGCCCCGCUCCUCUCCCCUCUCGGCGAUCCCCGAGCUGCUGACUCUUCUGUUCCUGUCGGCAGUUAUAACCCCUCUGACUUUUUAUCCCCUUCGGCAACCACGGAUUGUUCCGACGACCCGCUGUCCCCCAGGUUGAGUCGUAUGGGUAGUUCUGGAAAGUUUGCUAUGUCGUUGCCCUCUGACGAAUUUGAUAUACCGGUGGCUAAGCUGAAUGAUGAUGUUAACUUGCCACCUAAUGUAUCAGGUGAAGGAAGUAAGGCUUCCGCUGCUGCUGCUACUAGGGUCAAUCCAACCAGUACAGGGAAGUCUGUGAAGCCGGAUGCACAAAAGAAAGACAACUCUGCGGUCACAGCUUCUGAGAAAAAAGGUGCUGAUCGACAACCAGAUAAAGAUAGGAAGAAAGAGACCCCUCAUCCACGAAUGCAGUUUGAUGAUGAAAACAGAGUUGAGAAGGCAAAGAAGCGAUCAGUAGUAAAACAAACAGAAGCCAGGAACAGAGUUGAACUCUUUAGGCAUCUACCUCAGUAUGAACAUGGAACAAGGCUUCUUGAACUGGAAUCAAAAUUCUUCAAACUUGAAUCAGUUCAUCCUGCUGUUUACAAGGUAGGGCUGCAAUUUCUAGCUGGGGAAAUAUCUGGUGGCAAUGCCCGCUGCAUUGCUAUGCUUCAAGCGUUCCAAGAGUCAAUCAGGGAUUAUUCUACACCACCAGAAAAAGCACUUAUCAGGGACUUGACAACAAAAAUAAAUAGUUAUGUUUCUUUUCUGAUUGAAUGUAGACCCCUUUCAAUCAGCAUGGGUAAUGCAAUUAGGUUUCUCAAAACUCAAAUUGCCAACUUACCCUUGAACCUGUCCGAGUCAGAAGCAAAAGCCAAUCUUAUCUCUGAUAUUGAACGCUUUAUAAAUGAGAAGAUAAUUAUAGCAGAUAAGGUUAUUGUGAAGCAUGCUGUAACAAAAAUUAGGGAUGGUGAUGUUCUUCUCACAUAUGCAUCAUCAUCUGCUGUUGAAAUGAUGUUAGUGCAAGCCCAUGAGCUUGGUAAACAGUUCCGAGUGGUGAUAGUGGAUUCACGUCCAAAGCUUGAAGGACAAAGGUUGCUUCGUAGGCUUGUGGGAAAGGGUAUAUGUUGUACAUACACACAUAUAAAUGCUGUUUCUUAUGUAAUGCAUGAAGCAACAAAAGUCUUUCUGGGUGCAUCAUCAGUAUUGUCUAACGGAACGGUCUACUCAAGGGUUGGCACGGCAUGUGUUGCUAUGGUUGCCCAUCAGUUUCGUGUCCCAGUUUUGAUAUGCUGUGAAGCAUACAAGUUCCAUCAAAGGGUUCAACUUGAUUCGAUUUGCUUUAAUGAACUUGGUGACCCUGAUGUGGUUUCAAGAGAUUAUACCAGAAAGGAAAUCAAUUCUUUGGAUGGCUGGGCCAAUAAUGAGAAUUUACAGCCCUUGAACCUGAUAUAUGAUGCAACGCCUUCAGAUUAUGUAUCGAUGAUCAUAACAGACUAUGGCAUGGUACCCCCAACGAGCGUUCCUGUCAUUGUUCGAGAAUAUUGCAGAGAUCAGUUGUGGUUGUAGAGAUGUGCAAUGCAAUUCCUGCUAGAUCAAUUCUUGUCUAUCCCCUUCUGGAAUAAGGAAUAUUUCUCAACCCGAACUGGUUUUUUGAUUUUUUUUACCUGACCCCAACUCUGUGAAGAGUGCGAAUAUGCUGCCUCUCCCCGGUCAGUUCUUGGAAUGUAGUAAUAUGUUGUCCUGUGGUAUUUUCUCUUUGUGGAUAGAAAAGCAGCUAUGAUUUUGGACCCACAAUGCUUGUUCGUUUCUAGCUUGUUCAGUACAAAUGGUUGGUCUCCUUGGGGAAUUGUAUAGUUCAUGUGGGAAAACAGCAUGUACGAGAUACUAAGAUGUGGCAGGCAGUAGACAAGAAAGAUCACCAAAUCAAUAGUUUUAGAUCAUAUUCGUUCACCACUUGAUAAGAUUGAGCUGGUUGUAGAUAUCUGUUUCACCCAUUCGUAGUAUAAAUGCGAAUAUUUUGUUUUGUGGUUUAGUGUUAUUGAUUAUCAAACAAUAUUUAAGAUAUUUCA